AUGGAUGUCACAGCUGUGUUAGAGAGCACAUUCUCGCCGGAUGCCACAAUACGUGGGAACGCCGAAGAGCAAUUGAGACAAGCCAGAGAGGGAAAUUUUUCCGAAUAUCUCUCCAUCCUCUCUCGCGAACUUGCCAAUGAACAAGCCAGUGGUUCUGUCCGACAAGCCGCUGGUCUGGCCUUGAAAAAUGCGUUUUCCUACCGUGACAUCACACGAUUAAGAGAAGUCCAGGCGAGGUGGUUACAAGGUGUCGAUCCUCAAAUCAAGAGACAGGUUAAGGAGCUGGCGGUGAAGACAUUGAGUGCCGUGCCUGCCGCCGCUCUCUCGGCAGCCCAGCUCAUUGCGGCCAUUGCGGCCAUUGAACUCCCCCGCAAUGAAUGGCCUGACUUGCUGCCUACCCUCGUUCACAACGUCGGCGCCGGCGAAGACCAACUCAAACAAUCCAGUCUGACCACCAUCGGCUUCAUUUGCGAAUCCGAUGACAUUGAGCUCCGCGAAUCCCUGAUUGGAUACUCCAACGCCAUUCUCACCGCCGUCGUUCAAGGUGCGAGGAAAGAAGAAACCAACCAGAAUGUCCGACUUUCGGCCCUGUCCGCCCUGAGCGACGCAACCGAAUUCAUUCGCAGUAAUUUCGAGAAUGAGGGCGAGAGAAAUUACAUCAUGCAGGUUGUGUGCGAGGCCACUCAGUCCCAGGACACCCGGGUUCAAGCCGCCGCCUUUGGCUGUCUCAACCGGAUCAUGGGCAUCUAUUACGAUAAGAUGAGAUUUUACAUGGAAAAGGCAUUGUUUGGCUUGACCAUCGCAGGAAUGAAGAACGACGAGGAAGACGUUGCGAAAUUGGCCAUCGAAUUCUGGUGUACCGUCUGUGAAGAGGAGAUUAGCAUCGAGGACGACAACCAGCAAGCUCAACAAGAAGGCUCGACGGAAUUGCGGCCUUACUUCCAUUUCGCUCGUGUUGCGGCCCGGGAGGUCGUGCCCGUGCUGCUUCAGCUCAUGACCAAGGUGUCCGAAGACGACGCCGAUGAGGAAUACAAUGUCGCUCGCGCCGCCUACCAGUGUCUCCAACUGUAUGCCCAGACGAUUGGUGGCGAGAUCGUUCCCGCUGUCCUGGAAUUCGUCGAAGCAAAUCUUCGAAGCGAGGACUGGACCAAGCGAGACGCUGCAGUCUCCUCGUUUGGUGCAAUCAUGGAUGGUCCCGACCUCAAAACCCUGGAUCCCCUGGUCAAGCAGGCCCUUCCGGUCUUGAUUGGAAUGAUGCAAGACCCGGUCGUGCAAGUACAAGAUUCUGCGGCUUAUGCGCUCAGCAGAAUCUGCGACUAUUGCUCCGAGUGCAUCGACCCUUCGACCCAUCUUCCACCUCUCAUGUCUGCUCUGUUCAACGGGCUGAUGGCCAAUCCCAAGAUUGCCGCGUCUUGCUGUUUGGCCCUGCUCAAUCUGACUGAGCGGUUUGUGGGCGAGGACGGCGCUUCGGCCAACCCUCUCACGCCGCAUUUCCAGGACAGUGUCUCGUCCUUGCUCGCAGUCACGGAUAAAGAAGGGGCUAACAACCAGCUUCGGACCGCGGCCUAUGAAGUCCUCAGCGGUUUCGUCACCAACGCCGCCCACGACAGCUUGCAAAUAGUAGCGGAAUUGUCCAAUGUCAUCAUUCAGCGUCUCGAGGCCACGAUCCCCAUGCAAAAGCAGAUUGUCAGUAUCGAUGACAAGAUCACCCUCGAGGAACUGCAAGUCAGUUUGAGCAGCGUCUUGCUGGCCAUUGUCCAGAGACUUGAGCAGAACAUCGGCCCUCAGGCCGACCGCAUCAUGCAGAUCAACUUGGAGAUUCUCAACGUUACCAGCACUACUGCCGUACCGGAAGUCAUAUUCCAGAUUGUUAGUGGUCUGGCAAACGCGUUGGCCGGAGAUUUCCUCAAGUAUAUGGACUCGUUUGUUCCGUAUCUGUACAACGCCCUCGGCAAUCAAGAUGCCCCUGACAUGUGCUCCUUGGCUAUUGGCCUUGUUAGUGACAUUGUCCGUGCCUUGGAGGACAAGGCUCAACCGUACUGCGAUACGUUCAUGAACUAUCUGCUCAACAACCUUAGGUCUGAUAAGCUUACCAACGCGCUCAAGCCACCUAUUCUGGAGACAUUUGGGGACAUUGCCACGAGCAUCGGCGAGCAUUUUGAGACCUACGUGACGGUGGUUGCUCAGGUCCUCCAGCAGGCGAACAAUGUGUCGGUGGCGAAUGAUGUUUCUUUCGACAUGCUCGAUUACAUUGUGUCUCUCCGUUCGGGCAUUGCUGAUGCUUGGUCGGGUUUGAUUCUGGCAUUCAAAGGCACACCGAAAGCACCCCUUCUUCAAAACUACGUGCAGCCAAUCUUCGAAUUUUUGCAGACUGUUGCUCAAGACAUGAACCAUAACGAGGGUUUGCUUAGAGCAUGCAUGGGCAUCAUCGCCGACCUGAGCGAAACCUUCCCAGACGGAUCAUUGGCGAACUACUACCGACAAGAAUGGGUUACGAAACUCAUCAAGGAAACUCGAAGCAAUCGCGAUUUUUCCCCUCGAACAACCAGUGCAGCACGUUGGGCCAGAGAACAAGUUAAACGCCAGAUUCAGCAUCAAGGUACUAUCAUGAAUGCUUCAUGA